AACGUUUUAAAGGAAUGCUUUAACCCUAACCCUAAUCCUCCACUCUGGGAACCACCUAAUUUCCUCCUCUGUGUGGUUUUCUAUUUCAGUAUCGUGUCAUUGCUGAUCAAAGUCACCAGCAAGUACAGAGUGAAUCGCAGUGGAAUCAGUCCCCUCCACCUGGCUGCCGAGUGCAACAGGGAUGAAGUUGUGGAGGUCUUGAUUGAGGCCGGCUACGACGUCAACGCCAUGCUUUCAGAGGACCGCUCCAUGAUGUACGAGGACCACCGUAGGACGACUCUCUAUUUCGCCGUCUCCAACGGCAAUGUGGAUGCAACCACCAUGCUUCUAGAAGCCGGCGCCAUCCCAAACCUGGACACCGUCAACCCACUACUGGUAGCCGUGAGGCAGGGAAGUAGCGAAUUGGUCACUUUGCUGGUGGAGCACGGGGCCAAUGUCAACGCCUACGUCCCCACUCACCCCACCUCAUUCCCGGCCACCGUCAUGUUCGGUAUGAAGUACCUGUCCAUGCUGAAGUAUCUGAUGGACAAUGGCUGCGACGCCCUCUCCUGUUUUAGUUGCACUUACGGCAGUGGUCCACACCCACCCCUUCAGGAGACCUCUGAGAGGGAUGACUUGCGCUACAAUACCGAUACACGCAGAAAUACUGGGGAACCUGUUCAGGUAAACAAAAUAACAGUGAAAUGUUUAGUAUGUGCGUCUGUGUAAUAUAUAUAUACAUACACUCUAAAUAUAAUGCCAAUUAAGAAUGAGGGGGAAUAUUAGGUGGCCAAAAUGUAAAUUUAGCCAGGAAUUAACACCCCGACUCUUGCGAGAAGUGGGAUUUUUAAUGACCACAGAGAGUCAGGACAACUGUUCAACAUCCCAUCCGAAAGACAGAACUCUGAGCAGGGAAAUGUCCCCUUCACUGCCAUGGGAUUCGAUCUUAAGACAAGAGUGCCCCCUACUGGUCCUCCAACACCACUUCCAGCAGCAUCUGGUCUCCCAUCCAGGACCAACCCUGCUUAGCUUCAGAGGUAAGCCAGCAGUGGGAUGCAGGGUGGUACGCUGCCGGCAACAGUAGAACAGUUGUAAGUACUAUGUAACAAUGGAAAGAAAGUGUAUUCAAAUGCGCUUUAGUCCAGCUUGAACAAAAAGGUCAUCAGGUCCUAGACUGAGGGACUUGAAAAUCCCCAAAACAUUCCUUACCCCAGGACAAUUCACCAGGUGGAAAUAAAGAAAAAGGAACACUGUUUCAUAAUAUAUACCGUCAAUAAAUUAUCAGAUCUAUGCAGAAACAGAGAUCUAAUUUGUCUUUAUUUUCCUGGAUAGUCACCAGUUGAAUUGUCCUGGGGUAAGGAAUGUUUUUUUGGAUUUACUAUGUAACAAUGUUUACCUACACUGUAAUCGCCUGUAACUGUUAUGCUGUCAUGUUAGCUCAUAGGUACAGUUGAAGUCGGAAGUUUACAUACACCUUAGCCAAAUACAUUUAAACUCAGUUUUUCACAAUUCCUGACAUGUAAUCCUAAUAAAACUUCCCUGUCUUAGGUCAGUUAGGAUCACCACUUUAUUUUAAGAAUGUGAAAUGUCAGAUUUAUGAUUUAUUUCAGCUUUUAUUUCUUUCAUCACAUUCCCAGUGGGUCAGAAGUUUACAUACACUCAAUUAGUAUUUGGUAGCAUUGCCUUUAAAUUGUGGUCAAACGUUUCGGGUAGCCUUCCACAAGCUUCCCACAAUACGUUGGGUUAAUUUUGGCCCAUUCCUCCUGACAAAGCUGGUGUAACUGAGUCAGGUUUGUAGGCCUCCUUACUCGCACACGCUUUUUCAGUUCUGCCCACAAACUGUCUAUAGGAUUGAGGUCAGGGCUUUGUGAUGGCCACUCCAAUACCUUGACUUUGUUGUCCUUAAGCCAUUUUGCCACAACUUUGGAAGUAUGCUUGGGGUCAUUGUCCAUUUGGAAGACCCAUUUGCGACCAAGCUUUAACUUCCUGACUGAUGUCUUGAGAUGUUGCUUCAAUAUAUCCACAUAAUUUUCCUUCCUCAUGAUGCCAUCUAUUUUGUGAAGUGCACCACUCCCUCCUGCAGCAAAGCACGCCCACAGCAUGAUGCUGCCACUCCCGUGCUUCACGGUUGAGAUGGUGUUCUUCGGCUUGCAAGGGUCCCCCUUUUUCCUACAAACAUAACGAUGGUCAUUAUGGCCAAACAGUUCUAUUUUUGUUUAAUCAGACCAGAGGACAUUUCUCCAAAAAGUAUGAUCUUUGUCCCCAUGUGCAGUUGCAAACCGUAGUCUGGCUUUUUUAUGGCGGUUUUGGAGCAGUGGCUUCUUCCUUGCUGAGCGGCCUUUAAGGUUAUGUCGAUAUUUGACUCGUUUUACUGUGGAUAUAGAUACUUUUGUACCUGUUUCCUCCAGCAUCUUCACAAGGUCCUUUGCUGUUGUUCUGGGAUUUAUUUGCACUUUUCGCACCAAAGUACGUUAUUCUCUAGGAGACAGAACGCGUCUCCUUCCUGAGCGGUAUGACGGUUGCGUGGUCCCAUGGUGUUUAUACUUGCAUACUAUUGUUUGUACAGAUGAACGUGGUACCUUCAGGCGUUUGGAAAUUGCUCCCAAGGAUGAACCAGACUUGUGGAGGUCUACCAUCUUUUUUCUGAGGUCUUGGCUGAUUACUUUUGAUUUUCCCAUGAUGUCAAUCAAAGAGGCACUGAGUUUGAAGGUAGGCCUUGAAAUACACCCACAGGUACACCUCCAAUUGACUCAAAUGAUUUCAAUUAGCCUAUCAGAAGCUUCUAAAGCCAUGACAUCAUUUUCUGGAAUUUUCCAAGCUGUUUAAAGGCACAGUCAACUUCGUGUAUGUAAACUUCUGACCCACUGGAAUUGUGAUAUAGUGAAUUAUAAGUGAAAUAAUCUGUCUGUGAAAAUGACUUGUGUCAUGCCCAAAGUAGAUGUCCUAACCGACUUGCCAAAACGAUAGUUUGUUAACAAGAAAUUUGUGGAGUGGUUGGAAAACGAGUUUUAAUGACUCCAACCUAAGUGUAUGUAAACUUCGGACUUCAACUGUAUUUGGGACACUUCUUGUAAAGUAGGGACUUCAAAAUACAAUAUACCAUAGCCUAUCAUUGCUUUUUGUGUUUCCAUCAUUAGUUCUGUGAGAUCAUCUCUGCUCGCUGGGCAGGACCAAUCAUAGAUGUACUCCUGGAUUACGUUGGCCAUGUGAAACUCUGCUCCAGACUUACUGAGCACCUAGAUAGCUUGGAGGACUGGGAAGUCAUCAAGGAGAAAGCAAGUGAGAGUCCCGCACACAUGCACACUUACUGUACAAACACACAGACACACCUACACAUAUUACACAACAUAAGGUAGCAUUUUGGUGUAGCAGUACUUUAUGCAUGGUUGAUAAGCAGGGUUCAUACCAGCCUGUUACAGUGGUGCCUUGACCAGGAUCCCAGAGCUAAUGUCUAUCUAGCAGCUGCUGGCAGGCUCAUAACUUGCUAUGGGUACAGGGGGGUCAUGACUCCAACUAUAUUAGUGACAGGUCUAUUUGAACCCUCAAUAAUAUACCAUGAUGAAUUUGAUUGAUUGGAAAUUAUUUUCCCACCGUAAAGUGUCAGGUAGCUACUGGCUUUCUGUGGCUUUACACCACACAGUGUUUCUCAAUUCCUCAAUUCCUCAUUUUAUGAUUGGAUCCCCUUGCCACCAAUUAUGCUUUUGGUUUGGCCCAGUCCUCAGAAGGGAAAAAAAGUUAAGCAAGGCUUGUAAGGAGAACAGAGAAACGUGCAAUAUAGAACGUUAUAUUUAGUCAAAUGGAGAAAGUUUAUAUUGUGAAGUGAUGCCCAUAUCACGUGUGAGUGCUAGUUUUCAAAAUAAGUGGUAAUUGGUAACGGUUAUAUUGGGAUCAAUUUUGAGAGCUCAAUGACAACUUUGGAAGUAUUGUAAACCUUCAAAUAAUUAUCUGAACCUCGGGCAGUAGGCUCAAGCAAGCCUUUUUCUCUCAGUGCAGCUUUCCCUGCCUGUCUCUCAGACUUUGACCAUGUCACGAUCGUCGGGAACAGAGGACCAAUGCGCAGCGUUAUUUGCGAACAUAUUUAUUAAAUAAAGAUCAAACGAACAAAAACAACAAAACGAUAACGUGACGUCCUUGGAUCAAACACAACCUACUUGGAACAAGAUCCCACAAACACUGUGGGAAAAACUGGCUGCUUAAGUAUGGUUCUCAAUCAGAGACAACAAGCAACAGCUGAAACACGUUGCCUCUGAUUGAGAACCACACUGGCCAACAUAGAAAUUCUAAACUAGAAUGACAAACAAAUGAAAACUCACACCCUGGCUCAACAUACUAGAGUCCCCAGAGCCAGGGCGUGACAGACCAGCAGCGGCAGCCUAUCCUCCUUAUUUAUGUUCAGAAAACAAAUGUGAAGGCCAAAAUUGUGGGGGGACAGCACUAAUCAUGUUUAUGCAACCUAAUAAUCACCCUUAGAAUAUUUCUAGAACCAACUUAACUAAAGGUUGGAAGCACUGAUCUGGCUAAAUGCACAAAUGCAGAUGGGCAACCCCAGGCUUCAGCCUAUUUAUUUAUAGCCAGUAUGCUGCAUCAGUUAGGCUACAGGUUAUUUCGCUUAUUGCUUAUUGCUAAAUAACACACCAGCCUGAUAACAUGGACCAGUAUGUUGUUAGCCUAAUUUAUUAUGGUGACUUUCUGAAUUAUAAUAGACACCCUUGGCUGCUGGGCUUACUGAUGUGAUGAGGGGGAUGUCAUCAGUGGUGUAAAGUACUUAAGUAAAAAUGCUUUAAAGUACUACUUAAGUAUUUUUUGGGGUAUCUGUACUGUACUUUACUAUUUAUAUUCUUGACAACUUUUACUUUUACUUCACUACAUUCCUAAAGAAAAUAUUGUACUUUUUACUCCAUACAUUUUCCCUGACAACCCAAAGUACUUGUUAUAUUUUGAAUGCUUAGCAGGAUAACACGUGGUCAUCCCUACUGCCUAUGGUCUGGCGGACUCACUAAACACAAAUGCUUCUUUUGUAAAUAAUGUCUAAUUGUUGGAGUGUGCCCCUGGCUAUCCGUACAUUUUUAAAACAAGAAAAUGGUGCUGUCUGCUUUGCUUAAUAUAAGGAAUUUGAAAUGAUUUAUACUUUUACUUCUACUUUUGAUACUUAAGUAUAUUUGAGCAAUUACAUGUACUUUUGAUACUUAAGUAUAUUUAUAACCAAAUACUUUUAGACUUUUACUCAAGUACUAUUUUACUGAGUGACUUUCACUUUUACUUGAGUAACUUUCUAUUAAGGUAUCUAUACUUUUACUCAAGUAUGACAGUUGGGUACUUUUUCCACCACUGGAUGUCAUGCAUGCAUGCACACAUGACACUGCCCAAACGGCCACUUAUUUGGAAUGACUUGUGCACAUGUUCUGUAUUUUCUAUAUACAAGCGUCACAUACAGUAUUACCGUAUCUGUUGCCAUUGUCUUCCAGCGCCAUCACGUCCACUGAUGCAGCUGUGCAGGCUGAAGAUUCGCCAGCAGGUUGGAAUCCACAGACUGAGGUGCAUCAAAAAACUGCCCCUCCCACCACGACUAAUCAAGUACCUCAACCACGAAGAGCACAACCAAGAAGAGUUUUGUGAAUAA